GUCUGUAAAUCCGUCCGCCGGAGCUGCUCUUAGUCCAGUGCAUGUUCUCAUACACUCACAUUGAAUUCAUACAGCCUUCAGCAUUUCGACGCGUCAGCGAAGAAUCGUUUGUCGUUUUUACAUUUUCGUCGAUCUCAAGCGAUCGAGGGCCGUUUUGACCAUUUGUUUUGAUUUAUCGGUGAUAUGGCGGAGGUUUCAGGUAACGUUACAACGAGUGAAACGAUAACGGAGACCGUACAGACGGGAACACCGCCUCCACCCCAGCAGGAGGGCAGAAGCCUGACCAUCAAGCUCAGGAAAAGAAAGACGGAAAAGAAAGUCGAGUGGUCCAGUGACACGGUGGACAAUGAACAUCUGGGCAGGAGGUCUUCAAAGUGUUGCUGCAUUUACGAAAAACCUCGACAGUUCGGCGAGUCUUCCUCUGAAAGUGAGGGAGACGAUGAGGAAGGCUGCGGAAGCGCGCACUGCAUUCUGGGACACGGGAGAAUAGGUCAUGGACAAAGAGAGGGUGGAGGGUCUUCAGUGCCCCCAAACUCUGGAGGAACAAACCCACACUAAUGAAUAAAAAGAGAGGGAGUGUGUGUGUUUGGAGGGUAAUGGGCAGCGUGGGCACUACAUUCAUAAUCUCUCACCUUCACUCACUCAUUGCACCAUCACUGGGUGUCAAGAGCUUUUGAUUCAUGAAAGCUUGUAGGUAAUUUUAAUGUGAUUGGUUUUCCCUGCAGUCAUUUAUGUGAUGACUAAAGCGAAGACUACAUGUUUUUUGUGAUCUGAAUGCUGCGGAAAUUUUGUUGUACAGAGCGAAUGGGUUUUACUUCUUUUUGUAAAAGCUGUAUUUAUUUGGUUCUCUUAAGAUCUUACUGGUUGUGCAUACAAGGAAAGGUUUCUUUUAAUGCCAAAUAGGAAACAGAUUGAGUAGAAUUCAGUUUUGAGUUUGUAAUCUUCAACGCAUUCUCUAGUUUGGGAAGUAUUUUUGUCAGUCAGCCUGAAUAGAGUAAAAAUAGGAGUUUUUAAAUAAUUAUUAAAAUAAAAUAAUUUGCGGCGUGACUAUUCCAGAAACAGUAUUGCUUCAAGUCACUUGAUCAUGGGAAUUCAAACAAGCAUAUGUAUUGCGUGCUUCAGGGAAUACUUAAGUUGGAAAUUACGAGAACUCAAAUCCUUUUAAAAUUGUUUUUAAGGGAACGCAUUAAAUAAACACGUUUGAGUGAAUUAAAAUCUGACUCCUGAUGCCUUUCAGACAAUCAGACAAGUGACAUACAACUAAUAAAAGAGUUUGUAUGUAAAAAAACAUUAAUGUGUUAAAAAGUGUUAUUAAAUUAAAUUAUCAAAGGAGAAUAUCACCUAGAUCAUAUCUAAAACAGACCAUAAUAUAACAAGGAAAAAGCUACAGUUGAUGUGGAAGAGAAAAGAUCGUAGUCCAAAAUAUUAACAACUUAGGAUAGACAGGUAGUUGUGCAUGAGAUCAAUCUAACAAAUGUGUUGACUGAUUUGAUGUAUGUGUUGUUCCUUUCGACCGCAAACUAAAUACAGGGAAUCAAUUUAAAUGGUGCACAUUCCAGAUAAAAGUGUGAGAGGUACGUGUUUUCAGGAACAUGCCUAGUAUAGUUACUUGAUUUCAGCUUAAAUGUGUAAACUGAUUGUAUGUGGAGGUUGACUGUGUUUUAGAAAGAACACAGGAGAGCGUGUGGCCAAAUGCUGGCCGAGACCAAAAUACACAUCUUUUCUCCUCUCUCUGAGGUCGACUAGUUUACAGUUCACUCCCUUUUCACAGCGGUCAAUCGUAUUCCAUCAUUCAUAUGCAACUAUUGUCCCUUUACAGCGAACACACCUGUAUGUAUAUAGCAAAGGUCCCAGAGUGGAUUUAACAUGAAUAAACAAAUGUUAUUUAUAUCGAUUAAACGCUUAAUGGCAACCUGA